GUGAACUUGUUUUGAUCAAAUGUUUAACCUGUUUUUCUUCUUACAUGUUACAUUACUAAGGGGCUUCUGGACAAGUAUGGUCCUGAAAGGAUUCUUGAUACUCCAAUUACCGAGGCUGGGUUUACUGGCAUUGGAGUUGGUGCUGCUUACUAUGGUCUUAGGCCAGUUGUCGAGUUUAUGACUUUUAACUUCUCCAUGCAGGCAAUAGAUCACAUUAUUAAUUCUGCUGCAAAAUCAAACUACAUGUCUGCUGGGCAAAUAUCUGUACCUAUUGUCUCCAGAGGACCCAAUGGAGCUGCUGCUGGAGUUGGUGCUCAGCACUCUCAAUGUUAUGCAGCUUGGUAUGUCUCAUGCCCUGGAUUGAAGGUAUUAUCACCAUAUUCACUUUAUGAUGGUGAUGAGGAUGAAGAUGACACUGAAGACUAUAGCUGAUAGUUUUAGUAUGGUUGACCAAUAUACUAGAAAUUAUAGUUGAUGAUCAAUAUACUUUGUUUAUGUUUUGAAUUAUAUUGACUUGCUUGUUUAUAGUGCUUUUUUUUUUAGUUUGAUAAUACAAUGAAUUUGU